UAUGCUUAGUAAAACGUCCGAAGAUUUCACGUAACAUUUUGUAUUUAUUGGACGAUCAUUCCUAACUAGAUCGUGGCCUAAGGGCCUAAGAAGACUUCAAGAUGAGUGGGACUUCACUAGCCAUAGAAAUGCUUUUGUGUUUCUUCCUAACUUUAUGUCUUCUUCAUUAUUAUGGAAACUGGCGUAAGCAGCAUAUUUUGGUGACAUUAGCUGUCUUUGUCGCUUGGUUUUUCUCUUUUAUAAUAGUUGAAGUUCUCCCUUUAGACGUAUCAGAUACUUUUUACCGUAGAUGUCUCAAAGARCAAGAACAUCGAGCUAACACAAUAAAUAAUACUUAUAGCUUAUAUUCUAAUAAUAAUAAUACCASUACAACAACUACUAUACCCACAACUAGUGUUCCUGUCCCAKCUGWGUCAACAUGUCAACCACCUUGGAGYCAUUUACCUGCAAAUGUCCUUCCUGAUCUGUGGAGGGUGGUGUAUUGGUCUUCKCAGAUACUGUCAUGGCUAAUUCUACCCAUAAUGCAGUCAUAUUCAUAUGCUGGUGACUUCACAGUAAGAGGGAAGAUCAAAACUGCACUUUUAGAGAAUGCUAUCUGGUAUGGCAGCUAUUUGGUGAUCUUCCUGGUCCUUCUUAUUUAUGUCAUAGCACGACCUGACCUGGAACUGAAUGGGACACAGCUAAAGAUAAUUGGCAUUACUGCAUCAAAUACUUGGGGUUUGUUAUUACUGGUGAUUUUGAUGGGUUAUGGCCUGGUAGAAAUACCUAGAAAUGUGUGGAACUCUGCUAAACUGGAUUACAAGCUAGCACAUGCAUACUUUAAAGUGUCUAAGCUCAGUGUUGAGAGAGAAGAAGCAGAGGAACAACUGGCUGAUGUUUUAGAGGAAGUACGCAAGGCAUCAGACAAUAUUCGUUAUAGAGAUCCGUUAAGAGAAUUUAUUAAUGUCAUUAUCCAGAAGUGCCCUGAAUCAGCUGAGUCCAUGUUUGGCAAAGGUACAGAUGACUAUGUAGAUUAUGACGAUUAUCUUAAAGACAGCGGACAAAAGGUUAUUGAACCAUACACAGAGAAAUACUUAGUAAAGCUGCACAGGAAAGUCCUUGUUGUGACACAGACAUCCAGGAGAACUCAAUGUCAGUACAAUUCACAAUUGGAGCAUGCCUUUGAAUUAGAAGACAUCAUGAGAAAUGCCAACAAUGCAGAAAGAUACUAUAAAUCAUCACUCAAGAAAUCAUCUAAAGGAUGUUGCUCAAGCAUUACUCCAGUCUUUGAGUGGUACUGGAAGAUCUGGAUAUGCCCCAUUYUMCUSCGUGUACUUGGUGUUGUCUUGUUUUUAUUAUCUCUGGCGUUAGUCUGGUCAGAAGUCACGUUCUUCACUACYAAGCCUAUUCUGUCACUUUGUGCCAUAUUCAUUAAYGCAGCUGGUGAUAAAUAUUAUUAUUUCUAUGUUGAGGUUGUUUCAUUUUUUAUUAUUGCGUAUAUGUGCGUSUGUUCAUAUUACACAGUAUUCAAGAUGAGAAUCUUCAAUUAUUACUACUUUGCUCCCAAUCACCACACAGACCCUUACAGUCUCUUAUUUAGUGGCCUUAUUUUAUGUCGUUUGACGUAUGCUUUAUCGUUAAACUUCCUGGCCAUGAUACACUUGGAUGGUCAUGUGACAGGUGCCAUGGAGUCAGUAGAAACCUCAUUUACAACUUUCAUGGGUCACAUGGAUGUGCUGUCGUUCAUCUCUAAAGGUGUUAAUCUUUACUACCCUAUGUGUGUCUUACUGGUCUGUUUGGCCACUUACUUCAGUCUUGGAACACGUUGUCUCAAYAUCUUAGGAUUCCAGACAUUUAUUAUUGAAGACGACAUGUCAGUGGAGUAUACUAACGAGGGGAAAGAUAUAGUUAGAAGAGAAAAAAGACGAAGAGAAAAUGGGGAAGGCAGAAAGGAAACUUGGAUGGAAAGAGGAGAAUCUGCCAAACRCAGAAUAAACGAGAGAAAAUCAUACAGAGACAGAGAACUAAACCUUGGACUCAAGAGAGAUCAAGCAAACUCUCAAACCAACUUAACAGAUGAUGUCAAAGUUGUCAAAUAUUCACGAUUUGAUGAAGAAAAUGACAGAGURGAGUUGCUGGCAGCUGCCGAUUAUGACCCAAAUGCUGCAUYGAGCAGUGAAUAUAACAGAGAGCCUUAUAAUAGAGACACGUACAAUACYAGAGAYUCCUCAGGGUAYGGAUGGUCACCAACUAAACCACCGAAAAAUCUAUUUGAUGAUAUUUAACAGUUUACAUGUACAUGUAUAUAGUUGUAAUUAUGAAAUUGCUAUAAUUUGAUUUUCUUAAAAUUCCUGUACAAGCAGGCUUAKCCUUGAAUCUAUGUGUAMAUUGAUUGUUUAUUCUAUUGUUUUUUCUAUCCAAGGAACGAGGCUAUUCCUGCCUGUACUGGGGUUUUUCAGAAUAGUCAAUGUUUUGUUGUUUAGCACCAGUCUUAGAGCUUAUAGUUUGAAUUCAAACUACCACAGAAUAYACCCAGAUGAUGAUUAAUAAAUAAUAAUGAUCAUUAUUAUUAGUAUUAGUUGCAUGAAAAGGUCAAAGUUUUAUGAUGAAAUGCAAUAGCAUGUUUAGGGUACUAACAUUUCAGUUCCCACUGGCCAGCACCAGGUCAACCAAAGGUUUUUAUAGCAGGGACAAUAAAAUAUUUCAAUUUA